AUGGACUACUCAAAGCUCAAAGUCGCCGAGCUCAAGGACCUCCUCAAGCAACGCGGACUCUCGGCCACAGGACUCUCCAAGAAACAGCUGAUCAUUGACGCUCUCGAGGAAGACGAUGCUGCAUCAGGACAACCAGCUGAAGAUGAUGAUGAGGAAGAAGAUGCUGAUGCUGAUGAUGCCAAUGUUGAAGUGAAGACAAGCACGCGCUCGUCGACAAAGAGAAAGGCGUCCUCGCCCGUGCCAGCUGCCCCCACUCGGGCCAAACAGCCGAAAAAGGCAAAGCCAGAGCCGCCUACUGCUGCCGCCGACACUCCAACCGACACUGUCAAACCCACUCCCAAGAUCACCGAAGCUCAGUUCGCACCAGCAGGAGCGAACCUCGAUAUCCCCAUCGAUGAGGGUGUCUCUUCUGGUUGGCACGUCUUCGUUGACCCCGACACCGGUAUAAUCUACGAUGCCUCGCUCAACCAGACCAAUGCUUCAAACAACAACAACAAAUUCUACCGUGUUCAGGUAUGGAUGAUUCUCUAUCUUCCCAGUUUGACGGUGCUGAUAUAUCUCCCCNAGCUCCUCCAGAGUAGCUCUGGCACGAAAUACCAGACAUGGACCCGCUGGGGCUGCGUUGGCGAGCACGGACAAUCCGCCAUGCUCGGUGAUGGUUCUCUUGGAGAUGCUUUUGGCCAAUUCGACAAANAAUUCAAGGACAAAUCUGGCCUCAGAUGGAACGACAGAGGCGAGAAACCCAAGCCUAAGAAGUAUGUCUUCGUCGAACGCAGCUACCUUGCCGACGACGACGAAGCUCCUGCUCAGUCCGGCGCUUCUCCUGAUGGCGACGAUGGAGAUGCCAAAUAUACGCCACCCAAAUGCACACUGGAUCUGCCUAUCCAGUCGCUCAUGGAGCUCAUCUUCAACCAAAAGCAUUUUGCCAAUACCAUGCAAUCACUCAACUACGAUGUCAAUAAGCUUCCUUUGGGAAAGCUCAGCAAAGCCACCAUCACCAAAGGCUUCGAGAUCCUUAAGGAGCUGUCUGCCUUGAUGAGCGAUACAUCACUUGCUCCAGACCUGGAUGGCUACGAGGAGCUGAGCAACCAGUACUACAGCUACAUUCCUCACUCGUUCGGAAGGAACCGCCCACCUAUCAUCCGCACACUCGAUAUGCUCAAACCAGAGAUAGAAUUGCUGGACAGCUUGAGCGAUCUCAAAAACGCCGAUGAGAUCUUGAAGAAGGCAAAGGAGGCGGCCAGUCAAAUCCACCCUCUCGACUCGCGCUUCCAAGGUCUCGGUAUGCAAGAGAUGCAGGUCCUCGAGCCAUCCAGCUCAGAAUUCAUUGAAAUCAACCAGUACCUCCACAAGACCUGCGGUUCGACACACGCCGUUAAGUACGAAGUGCAGGACAUCUUCCGCAUCCAGCGCGAGGGAGAAUUCGAGAGAUUCGACAAGAGCAAGUAUGCUACCGUUGAAAGUGACCGUCGCCUCCUGUGGCAUGNNGGUAAGUUGAUUCUUGGAUUACGUUCUUCAGAAACUACAGCUAACAUGUCGGAAAGUUCUCGCUCGACUAACUAUGGUGGCAUACUCAGUCAAGGCCUUCGCAUCGCUCCGCCCGAAGCUCCUGUCAAUGGUUACAUGUUCGGCAAGGUAUGUUGUUUGCUUCCACAUUUCAGUGCAAUUUCUGACCGAUACGACAGGNGUAUCUAUCUGGCCGACAUGAGCAGCAAAAGUGCCAACUACUGUUCCUCUUACGAUUCAGACGGUCAUGCACUGCUCCUCCUCUGCGAGGCUGAACUGGGCAAGCCGAUGCAGACUCUCACCAAUGCCAGCUACCAAGCAGCCGAGACCGCCAAAGAAAUGGGCGCCUUCUCCACUUGGGGUCAAGGUCAAACCGCACCCAAAGCUUGGAAAGACGCAGGAUGCAUUCACCCCUCUCUCACUGGUGCAACUAUGAACCCUGGCAAUACCAAUGUCCCUGGCGCUUACCUCCAGUACAACGAGUACAUCUGCUACGAUAUCGCUCAAGUCCGCCUGCGCUACCUCUUGCGCGUGAAG